GGACGACUCUUGCCACUCAGUACUCAACGUUCAACGUUCAACUUCCAGGCUCCCAUCACGAUACAACACUACUAUCCAUCUAAUGCGAAUCUUUAACUGCCAGUGACAUGUCUGAAUCCGGCAGCGGAGCAAUGGUUAUUUCCUCUAGCGCUCUAAAUCGCAGCCAAGGUGAAUCGACUCCAAACAGCCGAGGUCUCUGUGCGGGGAGCGGACAGCUCCCCAUCAGCGGCCUUCGUGUUGACGAUCUGACGGGUUGGGCUGCGGAAGACGUCUGCAAAGCACAGCAAUGCGAGGCAGAUAAUAUGCUCGAGUACAUAUUGAGCCGGGCUUCGAACUCGCCAGAUGACCCUAUCGACUUGGAGAACCAUGCCCUAUUAAACAGAUGCAUGGAGGCAGUCCUGCCCAUAUGUAAUGGGCAAAUCCCAGGUGAAGAUAUCGUGAAUUUCCCGCUCUUGGAUAUCAGGAAGGCUCUCGAAGAGUACACAACGUGUAAACCGGAGGAUGGCUUGUACCAGCCCUUCGUCCUAGCAUCUAACACUGCUCUUGCGCACCUGAAGAAGCUGGAUAUCAAUGGUAUGCGUCAAGGGGAAAGCCAGGCAGUACAGAUGUUCUUUCAGCGCAACGAUCCAAAUGUCAUCGUUCAAAAGCACCAAGGGUGUGAUUCGAAACGCAAACCAGAUAUCGUCGUUCUUCCAUUCGCGAACGUCUCCGAGUAUUUUUCAGGGAGUAGAUCCACCACAUGGGACGAGCAUGUAUCGGGGUUAAUCCAAAAUAAGAUACCCGUGAGAUCAUGGAGGGAUGUGUUCGGCGUCUUCGAGUUCAAGCGAUCCAGGUCGAAGAUGAAAUCUCCUCCCGAGCAAUAUUCCGUGUCAAAGUACGAAGCCUCCAAACCAAAGUUUUUGGAGAUUGCCAAAGAUAGAAAUGAACCGGAAGGAAGAGAGCCGCGAGAGGCUCCUGCUACCAAGCAAGUGACACCCGCAGAAUCGCUUCCGGUACGCAGAUCAGCCCGCCCGACCACUCAGGAAAGCACUCAAAUGGCAUCCAGGAAACGCACGUUGGUGGCCGAUUCUGAGCCUCGCUCGAGCAAGCGACUUAGGACGGAGGAGUCGCCUGGGGCACACAUAACAAUUCAGUCAGCGCUGUAUGCUGCUGAGAUGCAGUCCGCCAAUAUUGCGAUGAAUCAUGCCCUCAAUUUUAUUGUUGUAGGCGACAACAUUUGGAUUUGGUAUUACGACCACCAAGGCCUCAUCAGCGUGGCAGGGUUCAAUUUUGUUCAAGAUCUCUCUCGCUUUCUGGUGUUGUUAUACGCUCUCCAGCGAUUCAAUUUGGAGGACUGGGGUCGAAACACAGCCUUUAAACCGCAUCUCAAAGGGGACCACGUCGAGUCUUACACCGUCGAGGUCGAAGGAAAGACACUGAAACUGGUCGACCAGUGGGAUCCCCGGUAUGGGCUGGCAGGACGUGGGACUGGUGUUAUGGACGUCACCUGCGAAGCACUAAAGCAGGAGAAUCCGGCGGAAACGGUCGACGGCAUGGUGGCGAAAAUUUACUGGGCGGAGGAGAAACGAAUCGCAGAGAAAGACAUUUUGGAUCGCGUCACGGAAGCUGGGACCAGAGACAAGGAUGUCCGAGGGCACGUGCCGAUUUUGCUCUUGUCGAAGAGGUUUCUGGAUUCCACAUCUGCAAUUAGGAAGGCUCUUGACCUCGAGCACCCUGAGAAAGGCAGCCGGAGUCUCGUCCUGCUCGUAUUCAAGAAGCUUUGGCCAAUCACAGAUCUCGAAGACAAUGAACUGGUUGACGCAUGGCGGCAGUGCAUUUUGUGUCACUAUGCCCUCUGGAGGGAGGGGAUCUAUCAUCGUGACGUGAGCCACUUAAACCUGAUGUACUAUAGGGUGGGCGGCAAGGUGAUGGGCGUCUUAAACGAUUACGACCUUUCGUCUUUGGCAUUUUCUCCCAACCCAUUGGGUAACGAGCGGACUGGAACAAUACCAUUCAUGGCGAUCGAUCUCCUCAUGGAAGAUGGCCAGAAUGGCAAAGUGAAGCACCGAUACCGCCAUGAUGUGGAAUCGUUGAUCUACGUAUUCAUCUGGAUUUCCCUGCAGUACAAGGACGGCAAGCCGCUGAACUCAGGACCCCUGGAUUCAUGGGCCAAAGUCAAUGCCCGUGGAUGCGCUAAGGAGAAGAGGGAUUUCCUGGCUGCCCCUCGAGUGCCUCACAACAUCAACUCCAUUCUUGUGUUGACACUGGCGAUCUUUCUUCGGAAGAGACUCAGCACUCGUGAUGGUUUCAAGGCAGAAAAAGACCUUGCCCAGUUGAAGCUGGAACAGGCAAAAUCACCCGAAUUAAAGGAUGCUGCAGAGCAGGAAAUCAGCAAACUCGACCAUGAACUUGAGGAGGAAUCAGACGAGAAGGUGUAUGAAGAAUUUUUAUCGAAGAUUCCACCAGUAAAUUGAUAAAUGCCAGGCUUCCCACAGUAACGUAGAAUUUGGCUGUAUCACUAUUGUUACCCUUAUAAAUGUAUGCUGCAUGUGCAAGACCUC